AUGACAAGAAGAUAUUGGAACAUCAAUUUGGAAGAGAUGAUGGAAGCGGGAGUUCAUUUUGGUCACGGUACUCGGAAAUGGAAUCCUCGAAUGUCGCCUUAUAUCUCUGCAAAAUGUAAAGGUAUUCAUAUUAUAAAUCUUACUAGAACUGCUCGUUUUUUAUCAGAGGCUUGUGAUUUAGUUUUUGAUGCAUCAAGUAGAGGAAAACAAUUUUUAAUUGUUGGGACAAAAAAUAAAGCAGCUGAUUCAGUAGCACGGGCUGCAAUAAGGGCUCGCUGUCAUUAUGUUAAUAAAAAGUGGCUUGGGGGUAUGUUAACGAAUUGGUCCACGACAGAAACGAGACUUCACAAAUUCAGGGACUUGAGAAUGGAACAAACGGCAGGGAGACUCGCUCGUCUUCCAAAGAGAGAUGCGGCGGUGGUGAAGAGACAAUUAUCUCACUUGCAAACAUAUUUGGGUGGGAUCAAAUAUAUGACAGGGUUACCGGAUAUUGUAAUCAUCGUUGAUCAACAGGAAGAAUAUACGGCCCUUCGAGAAUGGGCUCUUUUACCUUGGAAAAUCAUACAGUUACCUCAUGGGGAGUUAGCCGCACCCACGAACGAUAUAAAUACUACUGUUGCUUUAGCUUUACUCACGUCAGUAGCCUAUUUCUAUGCAGGUCUUACAAAAAAAGGAUUAGGUUAUUUUGGUAAAUACAUUCAACCAACUCCAAUUCUUUUACCCAUUAACAUCUUAGAAGAUUUCACAAAACCGCUAUCACUUAGUUUUCGACUUUUCGGAAAUAUAUUAGCGGAUGAAUUAGUAGUUGUUGUUCUUGUUUCUUUAGUACCUUUAGUGGUUCCUAUACCUGUCAUGUUUCUUGGCUUAUUUACAAGUGGUAUUCAGGCUCUUAUUUUUGCAACUUUAGCCGCAGCUUAUAUAGGCGAAUCCCUGGAAGGUCAUCAUUGA